UUCCAUUAUUACUCUCAAAAUCCCAUCUCCCAACUCUCUCUCUCUAUAAAAUUCCAAUUCUUCUUCACCCUCUUCUCUCUAGGUCGUUUUGUAUUUCCCUUUCGAUGGAGGAGGUGGUGGCAGCCGAUUCGCUACGGUACCCAUUUCUCGAUGGCAACGAGAGCAAGAGUUGUCUAGGGUUCAUGGAGCUUCUCGAAGUCGAUCGAGAUUUUUCAUCCCAAUUUGAUGUGUUUGAAACAUCAUCACCGUCUUUAUCGUCUUCUUUGAUUUCAAAUCCUGAGAACUUGGAGAUUUGGAAUCAAUGGCCUACCACGCCAAAUUAUUCGUCGUCGAUCUCAUCAACUUCGAGCGAGAUCGUUAAUGGUGAGCUGACGGAGCCGAAUCUAGAGGGAGGAGAAGAGAAACAAGAUCGGCAACCAACUGUAAAAACUGACAAGCAGUUAAAAACAAAGAAGAGGAGUCCAAAGAAGAAAGGUGUGGAACCACGAUUCGCAUUUAUGACAAAGAGUGAAGUGGAUCAUUUGGAAGAUGGAUAUAGAUGGAGAAAGUAUGGUCAAAAAGCUGUGAAAAACAGCCCUCAUCCUAGGAGUUACUAUCGUUGUACUAGUGUAGCAUGUCAGGUAAAAAAACGAGUGGAGAGAUGUUUCCAAGAUCCAAGCAUUGUCGUUACAACCUACGAAGGUCAACACACUCAUCCUAGCCCCAUUAUGGCACGGCCAACCUUCUUUCCUCCUCCCAUCUCAGUCACCCUCUACGAUGAUUAUUUAAUUCAAAAUAGUCAUAAUUCAAAUGUUAUGAGUCACUCAAUUGCUUGGUGCCACCAUUAAUCAUGGACUACUUCAAAAUAUCAUGUCUUUCCAAUAUAAUGAGUUGGUAUGGAGAUAAGAUGGUUCAAUCUGAACCAACUCAACCUAACUCGAUUGGUUAUGUUUAGAAAAAUUAUACAUACAUAUAUAUAACGUGUAACAUGGUUUGUAUGUCUAUGGGUUUCGUCCAAUGUUUUCUAAAUAGAAUCAAGGGCCAUUAUUAGA